GUUGACUGUUCCUUACAAAAAUAUUGUAAGAAAGCACAUUUAAGUUCAAAGUACGUAACAGGAGAAAUAACAUUAAUUCUCCAGGCACCUGAAGGAUUUGUCAUUUUAUUUGUUGGAGUGUUAAGGCUUCAUAACUUAGGAAAAAAAUUACAAAACUUAAGCUCUUUUAAAAAUCUUACUUUAUUUAAAGAUGUCUAAGUGGAAAAAUGCAGCAGCCUACUGUGCUAAAAACUACUAUCCUGGUUCUGCACAUACUCUAAAUCACAUAUUCAGUGGGGCUGCAGAUGAGUCCUUCAUGUAGUGAAAAAAAAACAACCCUGUAAUUGUAUGAAGUCUUUGCUUCUUGAUGCCUUCAGACAUGCUACUUUGCUGUUUCAGAUCCAGCUUGUGAGUAUGUACUUAAAUGACUGAACAUAUAUCCCAUUUAUAUGGAUGAAAAACUUUACAAAACAUUAACUGCUAGCGAAGCAUGACAGCUUCUGCUGUGGAAGCUGAAUGUGCUGAAGAGUGAUGUUGCCUGCAGUGUUAUGUUGAGAUAAUGGCUUAUCAGUCCUGGGAAGACUGUUUCUGUAGCCUUUGCGUAGAAGGACCAGUUGGUUCUAGUUGAAAAGACACUUUUAAUGGUUUGUGGCUGAUCUAGAAUUGUCUGCCCAGUGAAAAUAUUAUUGUCAUCAGUCUCCUAGGCCUUAUUGUAAUGGUCCAUGUAGUUCAAACUGUGCAAAUUAACUUCUCAGGUUCUGGAUGCAAAAAAGUACUAGAUACUGUUGACAGAGCUUCCUUACUUGUAUUUUGUUUAAAAUGUGGCUCCGUGGUGAAUUUUAUGAUAACUACCACAGCUCUUCAAACUGUAGAAGCUAAAGACACAAGUGCAUAGUACCAGUCCCAACUAUGUAAGUCAGUUCUUUAUUCACAUUGUCUUCUAGGGAACUUGUGAUUUCAGUAGGACAGGACAAAAAUAAUUGUAACUUCUUUCUACGCUGAAGUGGAAGAACACAGAAACAUGCAGUAUGCUCUGUUCUCAUGAAUGCACUAUUUAUUAAGAAGAUGCUACUAUCUAAUGGUGUAGCUCAAAUGACCUACUCGUUAACCAAUAGUAGGAAUUAUAGAGAUAAGUGAAGACACUGGGCCACUUUAAAUAUUUCAGCACGAACGUGGAAAUCACGUGCAGGUCUAGGAAACCAAGAGGAUCUAUUCCCACAACAAUGGCAGCAAAAUCAUCGCUCCUUAAAGUAAUACUGCUAGGAGAUGGUGGAGUUGGGAAGAGUUCCCUCAUGAACAGAUACGUCACCAACAAGUUCGAUGCACAGCUGUUUCAUACAAUAGGUGUGGAAUUCUUAAAUAAAGAGCUGGAAGUUGAUGGACAUUUUGUUACUAUGCAGAUAUGGGACACAGCAGGUCAGGAACGUUUUAGGAGCUUGCGGACUCCUUUCUAUAGAGGUUCUGACUGUUGCCUGCUAACCUUCAGCGUGGAUGACUCUCAAAGCUUCCAAAACUUAAGCAACUGGAAGAAAGAAUUCAUUUAUUAUGCAGAUGUCAAGGAGCCAGAAAGUUUUCCAUUUGUGAUACUGGGUAACAAAGUUGAUAUUGAUGAAAGGCAAGUGUCUACAGAAGAAGCCCAGGACUGGUGCAGGAAUAAUGGCAACCAUCCCUAUUUUGAAACCAGUGCGAAAGAUGCCACUAAUGUUGCAGCAGCCUUUGAAGAAGCCGUUAGAAGAGUUCUAGCCUCUGAAGAUAGAUCAGAUCACUUUAUUCAAACAGAUACAGUAAACCUCCAUCGGAAACCGAAACCCAGUUCAUCUUGCUGUUGACUUAAAUUUUUUGGCCAAAUCACUUUCAACUAGCUUGCUCUACGAAAGGAUGGGGAGGGUGUAGUAGAUAAAAUAACAAACGGGUUUCACACUAAUAUUAAAAUUGUAAUAUUCUGCUGCUUUCUUGGGGGAGCAAAAGAAAAAUUUCCAGUCGUGGGUGUCCUAUUAUUGAAGUAAUGACACUUUCUGUUUAGGAAGGUGUCAAGUAAAAACAUUAAUAUAAGAAUGUAAUUUGCCAACUUUAUUCAGAUGAUAAAUACUUUGAAUAGAAUUAAAACUUGAAAGUUCGAGAAGCACUACUUUGGAGAAACUGUUCUGGAAUUCAGACACAAAGAUACUUUUAUAUGUAUAUUUUUAUGAAAUCAGCAUUCCAUUUUUGUUUCACUAGAAGUCAGUUUCUUAACAAUGCUAGAUAUUAAACUUCAGUCUCACUACAUUCCUUUUGCUGUGAGUGGUACUUCAUCUCUAAUGUGUUUAUUGUAAGUUAAUAUAAAUUACCUUCAGGUCUUCUCUAAUUGCCCUAUGUUGCUAUAAUUUGUGUAGGUUUUUAAGUAGGAAAUUAAUUUCCUACGCAUUUAACAUCCAUUUUCCUGUCACUUACUAUUCUAAUACUGUACUAAUUCUUCCAGCAGUUUGAUGCAAGAUACUGAUGAUUUUUAAGUUAAUACAUGUUUUUGCCUUAAGUCCCAUUCUAGCAUGUUUCUGAUCAGUAAUGGUAGAAAAUCUGAGUAACUGAAAUAUAACCAUUUUAGAUAUGAAAAAGAUAGGCUUUAUUCAGUCAGCUUUAAUAGCACUCAAAGGGAUUCACAUUAUGACAAAUUUGGAAGAGAAAAUUUAGUAUACAGCCUUAAAAGUUCCAAGCUUCUUAUUCCUGUUAACCUGAGCUAUGAAUGUGUUUACCAGUAAUCUCUGCACUGUGAAACUAAGGAUUGGCAAUACGUAGAGAACUCAGGAAGCUCUUGACUUACAGCAGAUUGUGACAGCUUUCUGCCCUAAUACAAGUAAAUACCUACAGCUAGUGUUUGAGCUGAAUUUGAUCCUUAUUUAAUUUGCUAUUUUAGGAUAUGGACUUACACAUUUAAGAUGAUGUCUUUUAUAUUACUGUACUCGUUACACAGUGAUGAACAGAAGGAGAUUCUGCAUUUAACGGAUAGUCCUGCUGUAGCAGUGCAGACGAAAUCACAGAAUGUGUAUUUGCUGCUCUCCAUUGCAGCUAAAAGGUAGAAUAUUUGUAUGAGAAGUUGUUGAAUGUUAGCUCUGAGAGUACCCACUGUCCUUGUAAUAGCAAACGUGAUAGCGAACUAUUGCUUCGAUGUGUAAUCUGACUGCUAACAGGCACGCGCGUACACACGUUGUGGACUUCAAAAGGAAGCGUGAGGCCUAUAGGACAGGCCAUGUUACUCGCUAAACUACACAGACUCUACUUUCUGUAAAGCAACUUUUUUUUAUUCCAACAGAAAAGCCUUUCUUGAGAGUACAGUAACAGCAGGAGUUUUCUCUUAAUGUAUGUGUUCAGUCUGUACCAGGUGUAAUUAUUUGGAAGUAAAGCUUGUAAAACGAA